GUUCUUGUAUGCUUCUUGAUUUUGUUCGGUCUCCUCUUGUUGACUGGAAAAUUUUCAUCAUUUUUCCCGCGUGCAAUUUAAACUUUGUUAUGUGUAAGUCUCGAAACAGGUCAGACGCUGUCCCGUUAACAUUUAUAUUUCGUUAUUUUGUUAUCACACAUGUUAUAACAGAAACAUGGAUGUUGCACGAAACAACAUAAUGCAACAGCGUUUCAAUCGUCAAAAACAUGAAAUCGAAUCAUUUGUAGUGCGAAUUUAUCGCCACAAUCUUAUAAAAGAUGGGGGUAUUAUCAAAAGAAAACUUCGUGAGAAGUUGUUUGAGGAAAUCAAACUGCGCCGCAUUACACGCAUUAAAAUGGAUGAGUUGGGUUGGGUUUUGAUGAAUCACGACUUGAUCACUCGUAACGGGCAUCAGGUAAAACCGGAGCCAGAAAAGCAGAGUCUGUUCGUUUUCAACAUGGAGCGAUUGCGUGAACUGCUAGAGAAGCACGAAGCGCGACAUCACGACGAACUUGCCAAAAAGCAAAGCAAAUUAGUUGCUUCACAGGAAGCAAUGAUUCAUAAUGAAAAAGCGCUCAAGGAAAUACGUGAGCUAGUUGAAGCGAAAUGCCCACUAGCUUCUAUCCAGUAUGUGACGACGGUUGAACGCUUGUUGAAGCACAAUUUUGAACCGUCAUCUCGAAAUUGCUUUGUCUGUCACGAAAACUUUCGUUUGGCAGAUGAUUAUUCCCGUCACUUUGAUCAGAUACACGGUGUGAAUUUCAAAAUUAUUGCGGCUGAUGAUUGUUUUCAAACAGAACAAAAACUAGAUAUCCUGCAACAUUAUGAUGCGCUGAACCCGGUAACGCUUUUUACAAUUAAAAACAAGUUCCAUACUGCGUUACAUGUCGAUGGUGUCUAUCUGUAUCAUACAACUAACCAGUUGAUGCCCAUCAAUCGAGAUGUAUGGCCAAUCACCAUCAAUCCAGGCGAUACGUACAAAUUCUCGAUCACGAGUGGUAUGUUCUUGGUGGCCGAUCAUGAUUACACAAUCCUCAUACACUUCAACCGAAUACUACAGUACAUAGAACAAUACUAUUUCCGAGUACUCAAGGAGCCGCUUGAACUGCGUGUAGAGGGUGAUCCGAUGACCCUCGGAAAAUUGGGAGAGUACCCUCCACCGAAAGAGUUAGCGGCAGUUUACAAAAACAACUUCCAAAUGGUGGAUACCUACCUGCCAAAUGAACGAAAGAUGUGCGAGGAAAUCCAAUCGUUUGUAAGAGCCAAUAGAGAAGAACGGCUAAAUGUGGACAAUUACGUUCAAGUUUUGCAACUUAUGAAUUACAUUGAAGAUUACAACGUUCAACACGAACUGUCCGCGUAUGAUAUGAGCGACGUACAUGUAUCAUUCGGCGGUCAAAGACGUUUUUACAGCCUACGGCUACAUCAGUUCGUAAUUGCUCCCAAAUCACUCGUGGAAGGCGAUUAUGUUGAACUCUCCUACACGCGCCCUAACAAAUCCAUCAAAACAGUACUGGGAGUCAUCUCGCAAAUCUGCUCCAACAAGGUGCUAUUUGAGACAGAAGAGCCACUCAAGAAUGAUAUCAAAUGGCGUAUUAAGUUCAAUCCCAACCGGACGCCUAUUCGGAUGGAGUAUCAAGCCUUAGAGAUCAUCAAACGUCAAGAGUUGAGUAGAUUCUUUUUUCCCUCAAAACCGUUGUUCAAAUUUCCGCAGUUCAUCAGGAGUGACCUGGAAUGGUUUAACAGCAAUAUUAGUGCCAAUGAUGAGCAGCAAACAGCUAUUGUAAGCAUCCUCAACGAAACAGCUAAACCAGCUCCGUAUAUUUUAUUCGGACCUCCCGGCACCGGAAAAACCUCGACGCUGGUCGAGUCUGUCGCUCAAAUUUGGAAACUCAAGCCAAACGUUUUCGUGCUUGUCACGGCGUCAUCUAAUUUCGCCUGUAACGAGCUUACCGAGCGUUUGCUAAAAGUCAUUCCCAAAGAAGAUAUUUUUCGUUUCUUCUCCAAACAUGCCGAGCGGCUAAUGGCUGACAUGAGCUAUGAGUUAAUCGAGUGUUCGAAUCUCAACACGGGAUCGUACAGGUUACCUUCCAAGAAGGAGCUUUAUGGAAAACGCAUUGUGAUCAGCACGCUUACUUCGGUUGGCAAAAUGGUGCAGGCAAAAAUUAAAUCCGGUCAUUUUGGGUACGUUUUCAUUGACGAAUGCGGUAGUGCAACUGAAGCCUCCGCGUUGGUCCCUAUAGCGGGAAUUAUUACUUCACAAGGGCAGAUCAAUGGAUCAAUUAUCCUAUCUGGUGAUCCUCUGCAGUUAGGUCCAAUCACUCGCUCAGAAUUUGCUGCUGACAUGGGUUUGAACAUUUCAAUGCUAGAACGUUUGAUGAAGCUGAGCGUUUAUAAAAGAGAUCCCAAAACCGACAACUUUGAUUCGGCAUUGAUUACAAAAUUGAUUAAAAAUUUUCGUUCACAUGAAGCUAUUCUUUGGUUUUCGAACAAAACGUUUUAUCAAAAUGAGCUUGAGCCUUGCGCUGCAGCUCAGCAUACCAGGUGGGCAUUGGAUUGGCCUGUACUCCCAGCGCCCAACUUUCCAAUUAUUUUUGAGUCGACUAUGGGCAAAAUAGCAAGAGAACAAGACUCCACCAGCUAUUUUAACAAAAAGGAGAUUGAGUUGGUGGAUUUCUACAUGAGUAAAAUUAUUGCUAACGGUAUAAAUGGUCGAAGCGUGUCACAGGAGGAUAUCGGUGUUAUUAGCCCGUACAAAAAGCAGUGCAUCAAAUUGAAGCAGAUGUGCCAACGGCACGGAUGGAAUGAAAUACAAGUAGGAUCGGUGGAAGCGUUCCAAGGACGUGAAAAGCCGGUCAUAAUCUUAACCACAGUUCGUUCUGGAACCAAUGGUGUGGGAUUUCUGAGUAAUUUCAAACGCCUCAAUGUCGCACUCACUCGCGCCAAGGCACUGCUGAUUGUUAUUGGUAACCCGGAAACUUUACAGCAGGAUGGCAACUGGUAUGAAUUCAUUCGUUACUGUUACCAAAAUAACGCGAUACACGGAGUGAAGUUCAAACUAGACGAGGAGCGUCACUCGGUGCAGGAAAUUGCCGCCAAAACCGACUACCUGGUGCAAAUUCAGCAGAAGCUGGAUCUGAUAAUUAAAAACUUGAAUGAAGUUAAAAUGUGAUUAUUAUUGUUGUCGUAGCGGGGCUCGAAAUUUGUGUUAUUUUUAUUUCACAGCAAUGUUUAUUUUGUAAUGUUUUUUAACCUGUUUUUUUAUGAAAUUUGUUUAGCAGUUACUCAAAAUAAUUCGAAUACACAUUUAAAAAUUA